AUGCUGGGAAAACAGGCAUGGCGGAUGUUGACUAAACCUGAUUCUUUAGUGGCUCGUGUGUAUAAGGCCCGAUAUUUCCCUAAGGGGUCUUUUUUUGAUGCACAGGUAGGAAAUAACCCCAGCUUCUGCUGGCGAAGUAUUAUGGCAGCAAAGAGUAUAGUUUGUAGUGGGGUAAGGCGCAGAAUUGGUAACGGAGAGUCUACACUCAUAUGGGCUCACCCCUGGUUACAAGAUGAACAUGACCCUAUGAUACAAACAGAAAUGCCAGCACAACUACAGGAAGCCAGAGUGGCAGGUUUGAUUGAUCAACAAACUGGCACAUGGGAUCCCUCAAUUUUAACAGAUUUAUUCCAACCUAAUGAUGUGGAGAAUAUUAUGAGAAUACCUGUAUCCCCGGAUUAUGAUGACACUUGGUACUGGCAUGGAGACCCAAGGGGAAUAUAUUCUGUUAAAGAUGGAUACAGGCGAAUUGUUGGAAAUUAUCAGGAGGAUAAUGGGACAUUUGCCAAAUGGUUGAAACUUUGGAAGCUCAAAAUCCCCCCAAAGUGGAAAAUGCUACUCUGGAGAGCCAUUAGUGAUAUUUUGCCUACCACAACCAACUUACUUAUAAGGAGAGUGGAUGUGGAUCCACAUUGUGCUAUGUGUGGAAUGUUUCAAGAACACACAAUGCAUGCCCUAGUGUUGUGUGAGUUUGCAAGGAACAUUUGGGAACAAUCCAACCUUACAAUCCCUAGCAUUGACACAAAUAUUUUUCAUGUUUGGUUUGGUGAGCUUUUAAAUGUUCUAGACUCUGAUGGAAUAUUAUAUGCAGCAGCAAUUAUUUACAAUAUAUGGAGAGCAAGGAAUAUGGCGGUUUGGGAAGCAAAGUUACCACGACCAAUCACCAUACUCAGGAUUGCUGCUGCGGCCAAGGAGUCGUGGACCCGGGUGCACCCAACACCCGUAGCCCGUGCCGCCCCACUGUCGACCGAGCCACAAUUGGCGCUGGAAGCUGCCGAACUGAACCAAGGCCAUCCUCACACCGCCGAGCCGCAGUUGCCCAAGAAGAUUUGUUAUGUCGACGCGGGACUUUUGCCAGAGACAGGCCAAGCUGCGGGUGGAGCUGUUCUAGUGGACACAGGAGGAGCUUAUGUUUCGGCUCACGCCGGACCACUCCGGAAUUGUACCUCGCCGCUUAUGGCCGAGGCAUUGGCAUGCAAGGAGGCUCUAUCAUGGUUGAAGGAUCGGGGAGAACAAAAUGUCGAGAUAUACACGGAUUGUCUAACGCUACAUCGCUAUCUUACCACACCAACGGUUGCGUUACAUUAG